CUUGAACUUUCCCUCUUCUUCGCCUCCUUCCUAUCUCCUUCCUCUCCUCGAACCCAAGACUCCUGCAUCUUCUCUUUUCAGCUUUGUUCAUCAGGGUUAGUUUCUCAACUUUUUUCUACCAAGAAUGUCUAACCGAAGGUCGUCGAGGACGCAGUCAGGUACUUCCUCGAGAAUCACCGAUGAUCAGAUGAUUGAACUCGUCUCCAAGCUCCGCCAGCUCCUUCCCGAGAUUCGCAAUAGCCGCUCCGACAAGGUUUCAGCUUCAAAGGUGUUGCAAGAGACGUGUAGCUACAUCAGAAGCUUGCAUAGGGAGGUCAACGACCUCAGCGAGCGACUGUCGCAGCUAUUGUCCACUGUUGAUGCCGAUAGUGCAGAAGCUGCCAUUAUUAGGAGCUUAAUCAUGUGAUCAAUAGCUUACUUCUAUAUUUAUCUAUUUCUCUCUCACUAGGGUCUUGGUCUAUCUUUCCAUCCAGAUGAAAGCCAGCCAGGAAAAUUUAGUCUGAUUUGAUUAUCCCAGUCACAAUAUAUAUGUAUUCAAUGUAAUUUCGUGGGUAGCUAUGCGCAAUCAAUGUAACAAUGAUGCUGUGAGAGUACUUUGUUUUUUGCUCUUUUUUAAGCUUUGUCCUGUGUGGCAGUACUAAUUAGCUGUCA